AUGGCAAUCUCCUUCAACUUCUUCCUCCUCCUCCUCCUCCUGGCCGGAAGCACCACUGCGUUUCCUAACUUCUUCCUCUCGCCAUCCUUUUACUCCAACACCUGCCCUCAGCUCCAUGGCAUUGUCCGGUCGGCCAUGAAGGAGGCGAUCCGCAACGACACCACCAUCGGCGCCGGCCUUCUUCGCCUCUUCUUCCAUGACUGCUUCGCUGGCGGCUGCGAUGCGUCGGUGCUGCUGGAUGACACGCGGGCGUCCGUCGGGGAGAAGACUGCACCGGCGAACAAGAACUCGCUCCGCGGUUUCGAGGUCAUAGAUCUCAUCAAGAAGCGCGUCGAGGCGGAUUGCCCGCGGACGGUGUCUUGCGCGGAUAUCCUCGCGCUCGCCGCUCGAGAUAGCGUCGGAUUGCUCCAUGGUCCGCGAUGGAACGUGAGGCUCGGCCGGAGCGACGCGACGGCGGCGGAACAGAACGCCGCCUCGUUCAGCCUCCCGGGUCCGGGGUCCAGCCUCCCUAUCCUCCUCACCAUGUUUGCGGCGAAGGGCCUCGACGCCCGCGACAUGGUGGCGCUCUCAGGCGCCCACACGCUCGGCCGGUCCCACUGUAGCCUCUACCGCGAACGCAUCCACGGCGACUCCAACAUCGACCCGGCCUUCUCCGCCGCGCUCCGAUCCACCUGCCCGCUCGGCUCUGGCAACGCCACCGUCACCGCUCCGUUUGACCGGACGCCUGGGCGCUUCGACAACAUGUACUUCAAGGACCUGGUUGCCUUCCGUGGCCUGUUGAAGUCGGACCAGGCGUUGUAUGGCGGCAGCCUGGUGGAUCCACUGGUGGAGAUCUACAGCGAGGACAACGCGGCCUUCGGGAGGGACUUCGCGGCAGCGAUGGUGAAGUUGGGGGACCUCAGCCCUCUAUUUGGGUUACCUGGGGAGAUCAGAUUGAACUGCAGGAAAGUGAACGCUUAAUUAAUGAUGAAGUGCUCUAAAGUUUGGUGGAGUUGUGGAGGAUAUUUGAUUAAUUGUCAUCCAAUUCAUUAUAUUUUUUAUAAAAUAAUUAACAUU